AUGAGUAACGUGAGUCUCGCUCCCACUGCUGGCGGAGGAGUAGGCACCACCACCGAGCAGAGCCAUUCGGGCGGCAUCUGUCUCCUGCCCGACCCAAUGACCGAAGUGCAAGGCGUCAUCACCGGCCUGCACGACCUCCUUGGUCAUGGUGCGUUCCAGCGGCGCGUGCUCCUGUUUGGCGUAAUGUCCACGCUGGUGCUGCUGUGCCACGCGUUCUCGUACUGGCUCAUCGCUCGACCAGUGGACCACUGGUGUCGACCACCCGACGGCCUGGUUGAACCUAGUGCCGCGUGGAAUAACGCCUCCGUACCGCGGCUCCCCGACGGCAGCUUGAGCCAGUGCGCCGUCUACAAUCUACCAUUUCAGGUCCCGUGCAAUGGUUGGCACUACAACACGACCAGUCCGCAGGACAGCAUCGUCAGCGAGUGGGACCUGGUGUGCGACCGUUCCUGGUUGCUGCCUUUUGCGUCGGCCGCUUACAUGUCGGGAGCCCUGGUCUGUGUGCCUGUCUCCGGUAUGGCUGCAGACCGUUGGGGCCGCAAGCCCGUCAUCAACGCCUGGGUGAUCGCUCUCCUGAUCGCCGGCUUCGGGUGCGUUGGCGCCAGCUCGUACAGUCUCUUUGUGACCUCGCGUGUCAUCGUGUCGGCCGCCACCAGCAGCAUUACGGUGAUUGCCCUGGUCCUGCUCCUGGAGGUGACACGCGAGGAACGGCAGGUCCUGUUCGUGCUCAUAUACGCCACCAGCGGCCCAUUGCUCCUGCCCUUCGUCUACUACCUGAUCGAGCUGUACCGACUCAACUGGCGAAUGACGGAGAUGGCGCUCAUGCUGCCGACGUCGCUGCUCGUCACCUGCGUGUACCUAAUCGAAGAAUCACCCGUCUGGCUGCUGGCCCACUGGAGAACGCGAGCAGCCCAGCAGGUGGUCCUCCUGGCCGCCUUGGUCAACGGAGUGUCCGCGGAAAGGGCGGCAGACGCGUUCCGCCACAUUCGCGAGAGUUUCGAUGGACUGGAACUGGGUCGAGACACGACAUUCGUGGUCUCUCCCAACGCGUUCAUCCGCAAGCUUCGUUUUACCGCGCUGCCCGUCGAGCUGUGCUGGUUCACCACAUUUUUCGGCUUCUAUGGGAUCAACUUCCGAGGCGCCGGCACGUCGCCGGUCGCCCCGACACCGUCGGGGUACAAGCUGUUCGUGGCUCUGCUGGCACCCCUGGUCGCGGUCACCUAUUGGAGCAUGCGGCGUAUGGGACUACGCAUCACGCUUUGCGUGCUGUUGUGCCUGACGAGUGCUGCCUGUGCGGUGUGGAGCCUCAUAAACCCGGCCCCCACCGAGAUGGACGUCGCUGGCAUGGUGCUUCGGGUCCUGAUCACCUUGCUUAUGUACCCUGUCUACUUGCACACGGCCCAAGUGUUUCCCGCGCAGGCGUGUUGCAUGGGCUUUUGCGCGUCAUACGCCGUUGGUCAGUUCGGGGCACUCGGUGGCUCGCUGUUGGCGCGCUCGAACGGAAUGACGUUCGGCACUUUCCUGGGCGUGACGUCCUUCGCCGCUUUCUGUGGUAUCCUGUCCAUAACAGACUCUCGGCCACUCGCAGAUGCUCCGAAAGCAUUAAGGCCGUUCACGCCAUCAUCCGAUGGGGUCAGCGCCUUUCAACACCACGGUGCCGAAGAGGCAAACAGAGCAUGGGAGGCGGAGGAACUGGAGGAACCAUGCAGGAAGACCUCCGUUGUUUCCUUUGCCACCGUGGAUAUCAAGGCGGACCCCACAUGGCCUUCAGCGACGACCUCCAGGCGCAGAUCGGUGUCGAGAUAG